GGAGUAUCUGCCGGUCUGGGCGCGCCGGCGCCUGGACUCUGAUCCCGAGCCGGGGAGCGCGCUCACCCGCCCGGUGGGGCUGACACUGGGAGAGCGGGGGGCUGCUGCAGAGAACCGCAGGUCUUUCUAGGUGACACGUAGAAAGUUGAGAAGAGCAGAGGGUUUGCUCCCUCUCCGUCCGCUGAAAGGCCGGCGUCCAGUCCCCCAGCCUCGCGCUCUCUCCGGAGGCGGUUAAUCCGGGCUCCCCGGUACGGGGCAUUUACAUGUGAAAACCUCCCCAGACCGGGAACAAAGCUGCCCGCCGCCUUCGAGCUUUCUGGUUGUGUCUCAGACCGUUCCGGGUGCUGGUCUUGGAGCGUAGAGGCCGCACAUCUAUUUAUCAAUCGAUUUGGGGAAAGGGGGAGCAGGGACUUGACCAUUGAGGAUUAAAAAUGCAGUUACAGGAGAGAAACUAUUGUCAUCCUUUGAGUUGGAUUUUUUUUUUCUCCUUUUUCAAAUGCUGAAGAGAAACCAACAUUGGGGGAAAAAAAAUCACAUGUUCAAAGUAUCUUGAUAGGGCAUUAAAAACUUGAUGCAUCUCACAAUCAGGUUUUGUAGCUUCACUUGUAACAGGAUUAUGGUGCGGUAACUUUGCUUCCGAUUUGCAGUGCUGUAAUAUGGGAUCCUCCAGUUACACCCCAGUUAAGACCAUUACUCGCCUUAGAAAUUGUUCUAGAAGUGACUUGUCUUCAGUCGAUAGGUAUAGAAAAUACCGAAAUGAAGUGGUUGCACCCGGUAUUGGACAGUGUUUUGAAAAAGUUCAGUAUUGACGAUUUCCAUAGUAACAAGUAUUUCCUGAUUUUUGAUAGCUAGAGAAUUUGGGGUAUCUCCAGAUAGUUGAGGGUUGGAAGUUGACUUUGUUUCCUGAAGGCAGAAUUCAUUGGAACGUGGGCUGCAGGACGGCAGAGAGUUCUGUUCUUAGCCCUCACCUCCAUAGCGAGUGCCCAGCAGAUACUUGGUGAAUGAGUAUUUACAGACACACCGAUUCGUUUUUAAAAGAUUUCCCUAUAUUUCCCCCCAGAAUAAAACCCAGCUAUAGAAUAGUUUUAAUUAACGAAGAGGAGGAUUUUUAGUGUGUUCUUAAGAUCAAAAUUAUCUUAUUGUGAUUUAGGCAGUAUGGAAGUUAACAUCGAGCACAGUAUUAAUGUUGUCUAUUAAACUUGCAUCGAUCCUGAAAAAGCGUUCAGUAGAUUUUAAAGCGAAAUUAGGAAUGGUGUUGACUCCUCGAAAAAGGGGAAAUGGUAUAUUAUUAACUUUUUAAAACAUGCAAAAUAAGAAUUUUCUUACUGCUGGUUUUCCUUAACUUUUGUGUUCCUAAUCUGAUUCUAUGAACAAACUGCAUUAUGUUAGGUGUAUGUUGCCAGUUAAACUCUGUUCUGCUAAAUGAAAACUUUUUUUUCAGGAGAAAUCGGUUAGACUUUAAAAUCCAUCUUGUGCUUGCUUGGUUUGUAGUGUGUAUGAACUAUUUCUCCUUAUCCGUGAGAUAUUACGAUUUGUUCGUUUCCCUCUAACCUGGAAUCCCCUAAAUCUAACCAUUUAACAAGCUUGAGUGCCUGCUCAGCUGCAAGACUGUCCUGAAUACUGUGAGACUACAGAGGGUCUCUUUCCCCCCAGAUCCUAAUUUAAUAGGGAACAUUAGAUUUAGGCAAAUAAAUUGUAUGUGAUAGUUUGCUUCGAGGGCCUUUACGAAGUACUGUGGGAUGGCCAUGGGGGAUUAGUGAAAACUUGGAAAGAAAAGAAAACACCAGUUUAGUAUUUCAGAUGAUAUAGGAAACUUUGAGCCAAGGGUAACAAUACUGAGAAAUAAGUAGUAGUUUGAUUCCAAAUCCCUGGAUGGCACAAACGGUUAAGUGCUGGCCUACUAACCUAAAAGGCUGGCAGUUCAAACCCACCUAGAGGUACUUCGGAAGGAAGGCCUGGAGAUCUGCUUCUAAAAAGUUCACAGCCAUGAAAACCCUCUGGAGGGCAGCUCUACUCAAACACAUGGAGUCACCAUGAACCGGAACCAGCUCAACAACCGCUGGAGAGGAAAAGGCUAUUAGAAAGUAAGAGUGAUAAUGCGUUUUGAGACCUGGCCUUUGCAAGUUUUAUGUCUGUCUAAUGUGUUUGCAUUUAAUUUUUAGGCUGUGGGUAAACAGUGAAGGUUUGAGUAGUGGAGUUGUAUAAUCAAAACUCUCUGUGAUUUGUAGUAGUAUGUAGAACGCAUCGCAGGCUGCAGAGAUUUGGGGGAGGUGGGCCAGCUGGGAGCUGAGGUAGGAAACGCAGGUAGAACUUGGCAAGUCCAUAGCAGAAAUGGAGAAGGAGGGAGGAAUGCAGGCCAGCAGAAUUCAUGUACUUUGGCAUCUGAUAGGUUUAAUAAGCUAGUUAGCCCCCACAUUCUAAGUGCUAGUAGGGUGGUAAUGCCAUUCACAAAGUCAAGCAGUCAUCAAAAGCAAAUUUAGUGGAGAAGAAAAUGUGUUUGGUUUUUGAACAAGUUGAGUUUGAGUUAUGUGUGGAUUAAUCAUGUGGAAAUUUUUGGCAAGCAGUUGAACAUGUAGGACUCAAACUUGGAAACAACCAAGAGAUAAAGGAGGGUGUCUGGGAGUCCUCAGAAGUGCCCUGGAGAAAAUUGAGAGGGAGGAAAAAGGAUAGUAAUCAUUAAUAAGCACCUGUGGUGUGUCAGGCUCUUUAUGUAUAGACUUAUCUCAUUUAAUAUAUCUUGCAGAGACAUCCAUUUAUAGAUGAGGAAACAAAUUCUCAGAGAAGUUAAGUAAUAAUUCACCCUAGGGCAUACUCCUAGCUAACGGCAGAGCUGGGGUUUGAAGGUGGGUCUCUCCAAUUUAGUUGCUGCCUAAAGAUCAUAUAUAAUACCAAGGGAGUGGCCAAAGGUUAGAGGCUUUUUUAAAAGGCUACUGAAACUCUUGAGGGUGAUGAAUCUGAAGUUUAGGAUUGAAUGGUGACGGGAGAUAAGGAAAUUAGAGGUAGCCUCUGAAAAGUGGUCUUUUAAGGGGGUGGUAAGGAAGGAUUAGAAGGAAAGUUGCUUUGAGGAUGAAUGGAAGGGAGAACAAUGUGCAAGGCAGAGUGUGUGUUUGGAUGGUAUGUGUAAGGUCUCAAAAGUUAGUUGGUGUUCAGACCCUGGUCUCUAUUAGGUGAGAGUAGAGGCUUGGGCGUGGUGAUGGUGGUGGGAAGUGAGGGGGAGGUAGAAAAAAAUAGUUAAAAGCUACCAGAGAGGUUGGUUAACUUGCAGCAAAGUUCAGGAUAUGUGGAAAGGUACAGAUCGGAAGAAUGGGUAGAAGAAAAAAGUUAGUGUAAGAUAUAGAAGGAAGAUAAAGAUGAAGUUAUUAAAGAUACCAUUCAACCGUAUAUGGAGGACUUUUAUGGCAAGAUUUUUAAAAAAUGAAAAACAAUGAGUGAUCAAUUAUGGCCUGUAAUCAAUUGUGUUCUGUGUUGUAAAUACACUCUUUGAUACAAAGACUUUGGUACUUUGUAAAAGUUUGUUCAAUGAAUAAAGGUUAUAGAUUGGAUUUUUAAAGCCUGUUGAUUACAUUUUUCACCUUCAAUCAGUCAUCCCUUAGAAAAAAUAAAUUUCUUAACCCCCUUUUUUUUUGCAGCUUCUACAAAUUUAUUUUAAGACGUUUAAGUACAAAAAGUGUGGAGAAAAUACAACGUCUAAUAUUCUGUAUCGAUAUACAUAAGUGAUACAUGUACUUUUUUUGAUUAAACAUUACCACUACCGUAUGUUAAGAUUUAUUCUUUUUAACUGCUGUGUAGUGUCGGUUCCUUGGUGGAUGAACAUUUAAGUUGUUCCUUAUUUUUUGCUGUAGUGAACUUUCUGAAACAUGUUUCUUUGUGUACAUGUGUAGGAGGACUACCUGUUCAGGGUGGCUAUUAUCAAACUUUUGAGUCCUAGACCCCUUUACACCAUAUACCCUUAAAAGAUAAAGACCACAGAGAGCUUUUGUAUCUACGGGUUACGUCUUGAUGGUUGUUGUUAGGUGCCAUCAAGUUGGUUCUAACUCAUAGCCACGCUAUGCACAACAGAACGAAAGACUGCUCGGUCUUGCCCCAUACUCACAGUUGUUGCUGUGCUUGAGCCCAUUGUUGCAGCCAUUGUGUCAGUCCAUCUCAUUGAGGGUCUUCCUCUUUUUCGCUGACCCUCUGUUUUAGCAAGCUUCUAGGAGUGUAUUAGCACUCCUUCUCCAGGAACUGAUCCCUCCUGACAACGUGUCCGAAGUAUGUGAGACGCAGUGUCGCCAUCCUUGCGUCCAAGGAGCGCUCUGGUUAUACUUCCUCCAAGGCAGAUUUGUUCGUUCUUUUGGCAGUCUGUGGUAUAGUCAGUAUUCUUCUCCAGCAGCACAAUUCAAAGGAAUCAGUUCUUCUUCGGUCUUCCUUAUUCAUUGUCCAGCUUUCCCGUGCAUAUGAGGCAAUUGAAAACACCAUGGCUUGGGUCAGGCGAGCCUUAGUCCUCAAAGUGACAUCUUUGAUGGUUACCAUAUCAGAAAUUAAGACUGAGAAAUGAAUUUUUUCUUAAAAAUAAUAACCGUUAACGCCCAUAACAUAACAUUUUUAUGAAAAAUAACUUAAACAAAAAAAAAUGAGAAGAAUGGCAUUGUUCUACAUUUUCCAAAUCUCCCUUAAACUUUUGUUUAAUAAAAGCUGGAUCCUCGGAUCUGCUUCAUUCAGUCUCGUGAUAACACAUGUCAAGUAGCCUCUGGAAAAACACUGCUGUCCACUUGAGAGGAAGUGAGUUAAAAGGACAAAAACUGUCUCAGUAUUAAUAUGAAAAUGAUUUUGACAUCACACACCACUGAAAGCGACUGAGGGGAGGUCGGGUUCUCAGGGCACUUUCUGAGAACAGCAGCACUAGGACCCUGGAAGCUAAGGUGUGUGUGAGAUGAUAUUCUGAAGUCCAAGAAAAAAAUAUUAGAACCUGUAUCUUUUAAAUUGGACUGAAACGAAGUUUUAUGAAUACUUACGUAUGAGUUGACAUUGGUACACUCGUGCCAUUGGGCUGUCAUUCUUGAACCACCGUGUUAUCCUAAAGGAAGUCUUGAGUGCCACACUUAAGUUGGAGUUUGCUGCCUUUUCCUAUUCCUACUGGAAAUGGUUCUGUAUGACUAUUCCGUUUUACUUACUGAUUAAAGGUCAUUGUCUUUAGAAUCUAGAUUGUAUGAUGAGGAUGUUUCAUUAAGUAUUUUUGUAACCUGUAAUAUUAACCUUUUCUGUUAGUUUUUGAUCAUUCCCUUCUCUAAGGUCUAUCUAAAGAAAUGGACAAAAGGUUGAAACAGAGCUCUUACUGUGUGGAGGAGAUGUAGAAGACUAGAUCAAGAGCGGAAGUAAAAUCGGAUGCCUUACUUAAUCAUUGUACGCUGUCAGGAGUUGGGGAUAUUAAAGUUGGUUGUAGUUUUCUCCCUCUGCUCUUUCUUGCCUCUCAGGGAAUUGUUAAUCUCUGACAGCAGCAGAGAUCUGGCUUUAUUGGAAUAAAGCAAGCUCCUCAGCGCUUUCACUGGCAGCAUUUAUCACUGAUGUUCAUGUUGGACAUACUUUCCCCCAGGCUAUCAUUUUCCUUAGUAUUCUCCCUCAGGGAAAAAAAUUACACGGACACUGGUAACAAAUUGAUCAGGGAAAAACCAGAAUAAUGAAAAAGUUAGUUUAUAAAUCUUGUAAAACAGAAUUUAGGAUAAAACUUUACCUAAUAGAAAGCUGGCAAAAUCAUAGGUUUUUUUUACCAAAUGUAAAUUGGAGGUUGUUUUUCUCUGCCAUGAGACUCAAGUGAAUAUAAUUUUCCUUAGCAUUCCGUGUAACUUUUCUAUGGUUAUCUUCGCACAUUCAAAUUUCAUUUUAAAUAUACCUUGGGAUCAUGGUAGGAAAAAAAACCUAAUAAAUGGUGAGCCUUUAGUAUUAUUUGUAACAUGCUGAGAUAAAUAAACCCAACCCUUUUUAACCCACUUCAGAGCAACAGCAUACAACUUUAAUGAUAAACUUAAAAAAAAAAAAGCUACACUUAUCAGGUAUAUAGAGAAAAGCAGCUUACUUAUUAACAGUUUGAAUUUUUUGGUAACAUUGGUGGUUUAAUUAGUUGUUGCUUGUUCUGUUCGUGUCAAACCACAGAAAACAUAAAAAGGUGAUCAUUAAAUUUGUAUUAGGCAUAGGCCUUACCAAGAUAUGUUGAGACUUUGGACUAGGGAAAACAUGUCUACAUUUCUGGGUUAAUAUUAGGUAUAAAUAGCAUCAUGGUAAGAAGCCCUGGUGGCACAGUGGUUAAGCGCUUGACUGCUAACUGAAAAGGCUGUGGUUCGAACCUACCAGCUGUUCCUCAGGAGAGAGAGGUAGUCUGCUUACAUAAAGGUUACAGCUUGGAAACCCUAUAAAGCAGUUUUACUCUGUCCUGUAGGGUCACUAUGUGUUGGAAUCAACUCGAUGGCCACGGGUUUUGGUUUAUUAGCAGGAAAACCAGCAUAACGCUGGAAUGGGAUUAGAUUCUGGAGCCCAGGGGCUUUGACUUAAAAAAAUAGAUAGCAGGGCUCAGUGAAAGAGGAGGGACAUCCAAGUACCUCUUGAAAGUUAUAAUUUGUGUUUGGAUAAUUGGUGAUUUUGGGCAUAAAUCUAUGUGGGUCAGUAAUCUCAGUUGGAAGAGACCACUGUAGACCAGUCGUAUACCUAACAUGUUUGACAUCCAGAACAGACUUUUUUUUAAAAAAAAAAAACACACUCCUACAACAAAUUAUUUUCAGAAAUAAUCAUGAAAUGAAACAAUAAAAACAGCCAGAAGGGAAAGUUAGACACACAGACACACACAACAAUCAUGAAGUUAUUGUACAAUCGUGAGGAUGGUGCAGGACCAGACAGUGGUUUGUUCUGUUGUACACGGGGUCCUUGUAAGUCAGAGCCAACUCUAUGGCAACUAACGACAGGAAUGCACACUGUAUAUGCUUAUUUGUGUAUGUAAUUCAUGUAGAUGGAAUAUAUAUGCUAACAACAGUAAAAUAAAUAGUAUGAUGGAAAACAGUGGGUUAAUACUUUUUAAAUUACAUUAAAUUUUUUUUUUAAAGGAAAAACGUAUCUGCAUAUUGGUCUGUCAUAAUAAUAACAACAGUUUUCCAGUUUUCUUUUCAAACCUUAAUUUGUGCAGACUUGUCAAUGGCUGUCCAAAUUGAUCUUCAUGAACUCGUUUAGUAGACAGGUGUAGCCAGAUUUAUCAACCUAUCUUCACCCAUGAUUGAUUUAAGACCACUUUAUUAAUUUUAAUCAGAAUACGUCUCACAUGAAGCAACAGAAAUAGGAAAAGUCUUAAACAUGAGGGUAUAUUUGGCAGAGAAUUAUAAAAAUCCCAUUUCAUGAUAAAUUCUUGAAAUCACAGUACUGUUGAUAUGUUUUUUUCAACAUUGAUUCCAGUGACUUUCAAAUGUCUCCUCAGUCAAAAAAUUUCUUUUAAAAAGUUUUUACCAGAAAACUCAAUGUAAAUUUCUAUUAUAUUUGGUAAGCACUUGAAAUUCUGUGUAAAUGUCUAUUUUCUUAUAUUUUGUUGCCUAGUUAAUGGCCUUCUUCAUAAUUUCUUUUUGUGGAUCUUUAAUUUUAAAGCUUUUGUUUCACUAUAUGUUUGUUUGAGGCUGAUUCUGGCUGUUUGCAGAUAUUUUUGUGUAUGAUUAACCUCAUGUAAAGCAUCAUUCUGGGGGAGGAGGGGGGAUUUUAAGAAAGAAGAGUUAACACAACUCUCAUAUUUUGAAUGUGCCACUUCACUUAAAUACCAAACCAAAAAUCCACUGCUGUCGAGUUCAUUCCGACUCCUGGUGACCCUGUAGGACAAAGUAGAACUGCCCCACGGGGCUUCCAAGAGUGUAAAUGCAAAUGCUUCUGCAGAAGCAGACUGCCACAGCAUUCUCCCACGGAGCUACUGGUGGGUUGGCAUUGCCAACCUUUAGGUUAGCAGCGAGGGCUUAACCGCUGCAACACCAGGGCUCCUUCGUGUAAAUACAGGAAUGUGUGUGUACCACAGAACUUACUCUUCAGAAAGCAAUUACAGCAAAUUUGCAUGUAGUGAGUGCUUACCAUGUAAGGGGGGGGAGGCUCUGGAUGAACUUCCAUGUAGACUUGAUUGCUUAUUAAAUGAUACGUAAUACAGAUAGGAAGGAGACUGGAUGGUGCAGUGGUUAGGUGCCCAACUGCUGACUGAAAAAUUGGUGGUUCAAACCCACCAGCCACUUCGUGGGAGAAAGAUGUGGCAGUGUGCUUCUGUAAAGAUCACGGCCUUGGAAAACCCUGUGGUGCAGCUCUACUUUAUCUUAUGGGCUGCUAUGAGUUGGAAUUGACUCAACAGCAAUGGGCUUGGGUUUUUUUUUGGUUAUUACGAAUAUGCAGAUUUAACACAUUUAUAUUAAAACUCAACUGUAACUACACCAGUUGUUUAAAACUUACACUGGUUUUCAGUCACUUUUAUUACUGUAUUUAAGAAAUUCACUUAUUACCUGCAUCUGGGUGGAUGGCACCCGAUACUCUGCUCUAGGUACAUUACUGCCUUAGAAGAUAAACUGUUGACCAACCCCAUACUCUGUAAAUCUCCCUUUGCAGUAGCCCCAGUAUAUCAUUAGGCACAUUAGCCAAGGAUUCCACUUUAUUUCCUAUUUUUGACUUUGUAUAUCAGUACUAAGUGUUUGCUAAAGAAUUAGAGAUACCUGCUGAAGAAACCUACCAUGUGGACAUUUACUGUAACGUGCCUUUUAAGAAUUUAGGAAACAGGUACCUGUUCUUUACACUUACUUAUAAUUAAAUAAUUAUAAUUAUUUAAUUGUAUUAUAAAUUUUUUAUUUAUAUUUUAUUUAUAUUAUAAAUUAUAAUUAUUUAUAAUUAAAAGACGUUGAAUGGAAACUCCCUUUAGAAAGGAUAGGUAAGUUUGGGUUUCAGUUGGAGAUACGUCCAAAUCCUUAUAAAGGUCUUUUACCAUUGUCUAAUGAGUGUAAGUAUAUUUCAUGAAGUUAAUGUAAGCCUCCUAAAAUUAGGUUUUUUAAAUAUGAGAUGUCCAGAAUGGGCAAAUUCAUAGAGAAAGAAAGUAGAUUAUUGGGUGAGGAGGGCAGGCGGAGAGGAAUGGGAAGUUACUGCUAAUUGGUCUUUUAGAUGUGAUACGUAUGAAAAUGUUUUAAAAUUGAAUCAUGAUGGUUGCGUAUCUGUGAAUAUACUAAAUACCACUGAGUUGUACUGUUUAAAAGGUUGAGUUUUAUGGUAUAGUAAAACCUGUGAAAGCCGGAACCUGUGUAAGAAAGAAAACUAAAAUAUUUUCCUCUAAAACAAGCAAUAGAAAAGUGGCAAGACUGCGUCCUGUCAAAGGUGGAAAACUUGGGAGACACGGAAGAACAAGGCAGUCCCACUGAGUUCCAUUCUCUAAAAAACACAAAAAUGUUAAACUUUGACACACCAUUUUCCUUUCUGUGUUGCUUGAUCUGAUUUUCUGUCAGGUGUAAAACUGUAGUAGCUAAUGAAUGGUUUUAUAAAUUAUUUUGUUGAACUUGAAUCCUAAAUUUGUUCAAUGGAUAUAUUAGUUUUUACCUGUUAUUUUAAAAAGUAAUCCAUUGCAGAGGGGAGUGUUCAAGCAGGGGUGGGUUACCCAGUAAGGAAGGUACGCAUGGGCUUACUUGUGCUUACUUACUAUGAGUUGGAAUCGACUCGACGGCACUGGGUUUGGUUUUUUGGUUUAGUGCAGAAUUUCACCUGUUUUUCACCACAUGAAAGAAAUUUUAUAAGUAAGGAAACUGAGAAGGUGGCAUCAAUUGUCCGAGGUCAGAUGGUGUUGAAGUAGCAGUUCUGAGAUUAGACUCAAGCCCUGUAAAAGCCUUGUCCUGCAGCCCCAUAUGGCUGCUCUGAGGUUUUUUGAGCAGCUAAUCCGUCUGUUGUGUCGUUUGUUGAGGGAGGGACCUCUCUGAGCAACUUUUGUACAUUUGAAGCCUAGUGGCAAGUGCACUGUCAGAACAAUGCACUUUUUAAAGAAUUUGUCAAAGAAAAGAAUAAUGAAAAUUGGUAAGUUUUUAAGCCAUUGUUAAGUUUUUAAGCCAUUCAGAGUAAUGUAGUAGAUACAGUCAACAUUUUUAUUCCCUCUUUUGAAGCCCAGGAGGAAAUACAAAAAAAAUGUUUUUAUAUAGUUAACCUUUAGGGUAUACAAACUUUACCAGUGAGGCGUAACUAUAAAAGUGAUUUUGAAAUCUGGAAUCUAUGUUAGUAAAGUACACCAAUGACAUGAAUAAACAUCUGGGAUCUCCUUAAAAAUCACCAUAUUUCUUGAGAAAGUGAAAAGGAAGAACUGAUGGGAGUUCAGUGAGCCAAAAUGAAGGUAAGGAGUGGAAAAUGACCUAUCGUGGAACUGAAUGGGUUAAAAACUGAUGAGGGAAGCGCUCUUGGUUCUAGAAGUAAAAAGUUUGAGUGAAGAAUAGACUCCUGGAAAUUGUAGGGGAAAUAUUCUUAAAUGGGAAGUAAAUUAGGACAUAACUCUACAGAGUAAGUCAUCAGAAAUUAACUACUUAGAAAAUCAGUUCUGCCAGCAACAAAUGGUAACAGAAUUAGGGCUUUGUGAUGAAAUUAAAGCAUGAGAAAAAUGACGAAGUUUAGUUCUGUUACUAUUUACUAAAAAACACUGUUUACAGUAUUAAUUUUCUUAAUGUACAUAGAAAUAUAAGUAGCUAUUUUUUUACCAUAAAAAUGAUUUCAUAAUUUAAUAUCAGUAGUACAUAUUUGCACUUACAUGAUUGUAAAAACGUUGCAUGAAAUUCUGGAAUUAGAAAAGUUGACGAGUUUGUGGGAGAAUGGUAUGGUAAAUUUAUGAGGAAGCAAAUGUAAUUUUUUUUACCCGUUGAACUUCAGAAUGCUGUAUACAACCUUGUUACUUGUUAAAAAAAUGACCUGGUUUGGAAUUGUUCAAAAUUUGAAGAGUGAAAUGUACGGAGAAAUAAAUGAACUAUUUUUCUAUUUGUAAGGUUUAAGUCAAACUAAGGACCUUGCUGUGUACAAGCAGGGAAGCAGUACCAUUUCUUUUUCGUCUCUUUGUUUAAACAAGCCUUACAUAUUGGUUGCACCUUAGGAAUAUUUUGUAUUGAUGACAGACCUGCCUUGUCUGCAUACUCCUUUAAGUGGAAAAGUAAUUAAAUGUUUGGGUUUCAAAGGAUUUGAUUCUGUGGAAAGUAGAUUGAAUUUACAUGGAAUAAAUUAUAUUAGUAAUUAAACGAAUACUUUUUUUAAUGCCCAGGUGUCUGAGAACAGAAAUUUAUAAUUAAAACAGUGUCCCAAUUUGGAUAUUGUAUCUACAGAACUUAGUUAUCAUAAGGGUUUAAGGAAAAAAAAAAUUGUUUUAAAAAUGUGUUUUAGUAUUUUUGAAAAGUUUUAUCAAAGAUUUCCAAAUAAUUUAAGCACAAUAACUAUUGAAUUCAAAGAUAAAAUUUUUACUCUAUAGAGAAGUCAUAUCUGGUAGUGGUGAUUAUAUUUAAGCAUAUUAUUAUAUUUAUAUUCAAAAGUUGGAGAAAGAUGCAUUUUUAAUCUCAAGUAGACACAAAGUUGUCCUUUUUAAAUUAAUGAAUUUUAAUUAUUUUAAUUUUAAAAUUAAUUCAGAUUGUUGUUAUUAGGUACCAGAUUGACUCAUAAUGACCCUAUGUGUUGGAUUAGAAAUGCCCCAUGAGAUUUUCUUGGCUGUAAUCUCCAUGGAGGAGGCCUGGUUGUGCAGUGGUUAAACACUCAGCUGUUAACCAAAAGGUUGGCGGUUUGAACCCACUCAGUGGUUUCAUGGGCAAAAGACCUGGCAAUCUGCUGUAGAGAUUACCUGGAGCAACAGAGGAAAAAGUAGAGUCAGGAACAGGAGGAGAAAAUAGAAUGUGCUGUUAAUGGUCUCCAUGAACAACUGCCUCCUUUGCCUUGAGACCAGAAGAACUGGAUGGUGCCUGGCUACCAGUGCUGAAUGUUUUGUUCAGAGAUUCUGUAGAAGAAUCCUGAUCAAAAGAUGGAGGGGGAUGCAGAACAGAAUUUCAAGUUCUCACGGAAUCCAGUCUCUCUGAUGCUGUUGAGCCCCUGAGAUAAUCUUUAAAUCUUAAACCAAAAACAUCUUCUGAAGUCUUUAAACAAAGAAUAGCUUAGCUUACAUACUACAGAAUGGGAAACCCUCGUUGCGUAGUGGUUAAGCGCUACAGCUGCUAACCAAAGGGUCGGCAGUUUGAAUCCACCAGGCGCUGCUUGGAAACUCUGUGGGGCAGUUCUACUCUGUCCUAUAGGGUCACUAUGAGUCGGAAUCGACUUGAUGGCACUGGGUUUGGUUUUUUGGUUUACUACAAAAUGUCAACCAUGAGCAGCAUUGUGCACUUUUUAAAGAACUCUGUCUGUGUGGUAUCAAAUCAACAACAGCAACUUGAAAGAUUAAAUAGGAGGCUUAGUGGGCGGCAGUGAGACUACGUUAAUGAGGAGGAACAACUCAGAAAAGGGCGAGAAUGGUUGCACAACUUGAAGAAUGUGAUCAGUGUCAUCGACCUGUAUAUAUUAGAAACUGUCGAAUUGAUAUAUGUUGUUGUGUAUAUUUUCAACAACAACAAAAUAAUUCAUUUAAAAAAAGAAAAACCCCCCAAACUACCUGAGGGGGAAGUACCAAUUGGAUCUCAUCAGUGUUAUGAGUAUCGUUUUUGCUUUAUGGUAAUCUACACUCAUGCCAGUUAAAGAAUUGUGUGUCACUGUUUUAAUUUGUACUUCUUUGAUUACAGGUAAGGUUGAACAUUUUAUUACUUAGCCAUUGGUAUUUCCUUUGUUAGUUGAGUUGCUUUCCUCGAGAGAGAGAGAUGUGGCAGUCGGCUUCUGUAAAGAUUUACAGCCUCGGAAACCCUGUGGGACAGUUCUACUCUGACCUAUAGGGUCGUUAUGAGAUGAGUUUGAACCGACUUGACGGCACUGGGUUUGUUUGCCCUUUUUUUUGUGUGUGUGUGGGGGGGAGAAUUUUUUAAAUUUCACUAACCGUGACUCCCACUGUUUGUGUUAUUGAUUAACUCGUGGUAUUCUUCUUUCAGAUAGAAUGGCAUAGUGGUACCUGUUUAACAUGUGAUCGGCUUGCCCUGCCCCCUCACUGCUCCCUUCCCCCAAUCACAUUAAAUUUCCCAGUAAUAAACAAGUAUUGGCCCAAACAAAUCUUUGGAAAAUUAUAUAUUAAAGGCAUACAAUAAAAUAGCAGGUAAUAAGAGACUGUAAACUGCCGCUUACCUAUUAGUUCUAGCAGUUAAGUGUUUUAUGGAGUAGUUGUCUUCGGGCCAUAGUUACAAAGCGUCUUUGCAGAAAGGAUGAUCUUAAAAUAUUUUUCCCCUAAUUAUCUUUUGUCAGGAAAUUUAAUGUAGUCUUUUAUAAUAAGGUGUCUGUGUUAUUGAUUAACACUAGUGUAUCUAAUAUAUUGAGUCAAAUGAAUGAAAGAAUGGGAAAGUCUAUAAAUAACACUUACAUAUCUAAUCAUUGAGGAAGGCAGAUUUGCGAACCAGCCUGUCACUGCUCGUAUGUGUCUUUUUGGACACAUUUCAUAUUUUUUUCUUUAAAUCUUUGUAGUUCAAUAUUAAUAACAGCUUGAGGGAAAAUUAUUUUGUCAUCUUGGAAGUCAUAAUAGUGAAGGAAAGACUACCGGUUGUAAUCAGCAUAGUCCAUUAUAAAGUGAAUUUAAGAAAAGCAAAGUUUUAAAAGCUUAGGGAAGAGAAAAGGAGUAAGUUUCCCACUGAGAGAAGCUUUGAAAGGAAAUGAUGCUUGAGAGAUUUAAGGCUUAAAAAACUCCUUAGACUAGUAUAUAGCCGUCUAGUUCUUUUCAUUGCCUCAACAUCUCAAUUUCAAAAAGUAGGAAAAAGCAUAUUCUAGAAAUUGUACACUUAUAUGCCAGUAACUUACAUCUCUGCCAGUUCUGUUAGACAGUUCAUGAGUUUCUAGAAAUUGCUAAUCACCAGGAGCCAGAACAGAUUCAGUAACAAUUUACAGCAGACUAAAUUCAGCUUCUUCCUUUUGUGAAGUGUCUUAUGUCCCUAGUGGGGGUUAUAAAUCAAAUAUUUCAGAAGGCCGUUUGACAUGGUUGUAUCAUGAAUAAAUUAGAUACAGGCAGGAUUUUAGGUGACUGUCAGUAUUCAAAGAGUAUCAAGUAAUUGGUCAUCCUACAGGUAGGUCCUGUUGUUUAAUUUUGUAUAAACCACUGACUUGGAGGAGGGCUACAGAGUGGGUUUAUGAAAUUUACAAGCUGAUUGGAAUAGCUGCUACAUCAAAUAGAUGAUUUCAGAACUCCCUAAAUAGAUUGAAAGGAUUGUGUGGAUCCAACGUAAAUUCUGCUUAACAAUGACUGAAGCCCCCCAGGCCUUUUUUUUUUUUUUAAGCUAAUAAAGCUGCGGUAGGCUGAGUGAUGACCUUCCUAAAGAUGUCCAUGUACCUUUUCCUAGAACCUAUGUGUAUGUUACCUUACAUGGAAUAGGUGUCUUUGCAAAUGGGAUUAAAUUUAAGGAUCUUGAGAUGGGUUGAUUAUCCUGGGUUAUCCAGGGUGGGCCAUUGUAAUCACAGUUGUUCUUGUAAAGGAGGGUGAGGGUCAAAACUAUGUGAUGGCAGAAGCAGAAGUCAGAGAAGAUGCUGUGCUGCUGGCUUGGAAGGUAGAGGAAGGGACCAUGAGCCAAGGAAUGUAGGUGCCCUCUAGGAGCUGGAAAAGGUCAGGGAUGGAUUCGCCUAGAUUCUCCAAAAGGAAUGCAGUCCUGCCAACACCUUGAUAUUUCGACCAAUGAGACUUCUGUUUUCCAAAACUGUAAGACAGUAAAUUUGCGCUUUAAGCUACUAAGUUUGUGAUAGUCUGUUGCAGUAGCAAUAGGAAACUAAUAGAAAAUCCAGUUCAGUAUUAGAUUCCAUGAACACAGGACUAUAUUUGGACCCUGUCUAUUUGGGGGUAUCGUCCUUAAAAGGAAUAUAAUAGCAGGACUAACUAGUCAGAUAUAGAAACCGUAUCAUUUAGCUAAGUUGGAGGAUAAAAGUAGGGGAAACGUGGUAGUUAUCCUCAAAUAUUCAGUUACCUAUGGGAAGGAUCACUGUUGUUCUGUGCUCCAGAGGCAGGCCUAGAAUAGAAGAGGAAAGCGUCAGAAGGCAGAUUUGGAGUUAGUGCAGAGAAGACUGCCGUAACCAUUAGAGUUGAUGAGUUAUGAGUUUAUUAAGCCCAUGUUACUGGAUGGAAUUUGCCGGAUAUACUGUAUGUAGAAUGGGUGCAGAAUUUGGUACCAGUAUUGGAUUAGGUACUUUGGUUCCAUCCAGCUAGAAGUCCUUGACACUGCUUUAUUUUCAUCAUAUCCAAAACCAAACCCAUUGCUGUCGAGUCGAUGCCGACUCAUAGCGACCCUAAAGGACUGAGCAGAACUGCCCCAUAGUUUCCAGGGAGCACCUGGCAGAUUCAAACUGCCAGCUGCUUGGUUAGCAGCCGUAGCACUUAACCAAUACGCCACCAAGGUUUCCUGUUUUCACCAUAGAGAUGAUUUUCCUAAAUGCAGCAUUUGAAUAGUAGGGACAACAAAAAAAGAUACUGGUAAACCGUAGCAAAAAAUUAAACCUGGGUGUGUAUGUGUGUGGAAACCCUGGUGGUGUAGUGGUUAAGUGCUACGGCUGCUAACCAAAGGGUUGGCAGUUCAAAUCCGCCAGGCGCUCCUUGGAAACUCUAUGGGGCAGUUUUACUCCGUCCUGUAGGGUCGCUAUGAGUCAGAAUCGACUCGACGGCACUGGGUUUAAACAGUUUUGGUUUGGUGUAUGUGUGUGAAGAUACCCAGGGCACUGGAGAGGUAUAUUUAUUGAGCACUUAGGUGUCAGGUGCUCUUCAUCCUAACAACCUUAUGAGAGGAGGUGAGUGCUAUUCCUGUUCUUCAGAUUUUAAAAAUUCUUCAAGUUUAGAAAGAUGUAAACUUGUCAGGAGUUACACCAUUAGUAAAUAGCAGACUGCCAUGUUACUUUGACACUCAGUACUCUGCUCUGAAACCCUACAUUGUAUUCCCUGCAUAGAACAGCUAACCCCAAACACUAUGAAUACUACAGGUGUCACAGGCCAAGACCCCAAGCCUUGUUAUUACCUUCCCUUCAAACUCUACAGAUACAAGGGAUCAUGAUGAAAAAUUCCUGGUAAUUUUUAGAGUCCUUCACACCUCAGGCUUCUGUGCAUCAUGCAGGAGGACGGAGGUCAUGUUUAAACUUUCUCAGGGUCCUUUACCUCAUGACAGGAAAGAGCCAGAUGUGUGUCUGCUGCUGGCGAGUAUCAUGCUGUUCCUACAGUACUAUGCCUUCUAAGAGGGCUUGUACCUUUUGGAGAGGGGUUGGUGGUUUUCAUUUGCUGCUGCCCCCCUUUUCCCCAUUGACAGAUUAAUUAAGGGGGUACUGAACUUAAUGAUGUUUAUUGAACACUUGCCCUGAGCCAGGUAGUAUACCAGUCAUUUCAUGUACAAAAAUUCAUUUCUUUCUCGUUGAAACCGAAACCUAUGAAGUAUUGGUACCACUAUAUCCUUUAUACAUGUGAGGCCACUGGCUUGGAGAGGUUGAGUGACUUGCCCAGAAUCAUCUAUAUGGACAGACCCAGAUUCACGACCAGGUCUUCCUAACUCUUUCUGAAAUACCACAAUGUCUGACUUCUUUUUCACUAGUAGAUUCCUUUGCAGUUAUAUUAAAUUGCAUGGUCAUGUCCACAGGAAAUGUAUUAGUGGUUUGAAGGCAUCUGCACAUUCUUGAAAGGUGACUGGCAGUCAUCUUGGCCUUGUUUUCCUAAUUUCUACAGUAGCAGUGUUUCUAUGGGUCAUUAGCUUUCCUGCUUUUCACUACGGCCCACACAGUAAGGAUUGCGUUUUGCUUGAAGCUCAGGUGCUUGUGCGUACAUACCCAUGCACAAAACUGAGAAGAUCCGAAAAACAACACUUAGCUUCACUGUGUACAGCACUGUUUUAUUUUUCGUUCUCUUCUACUAAAAAGUUUUGUCACUACCAUCAAGCUCAUUUUUACUCUCUACUAAUGUGUUUGAAAAACACUGCAGUAGAUUACCUUCAGGAUUCUUACUCUAUGCUCAGUGCCGCACUGAGUGCUUUUACAUGAGUCGUUUUAUUUAAUUCUUAAAAUUUCCAUAAUUAAGUAGGGACUACUACCCCAUUUUACAUCUGAGGCAAGAACUUCUAGUGAGUGGCAGAGCCAGUAUUUCCCAGGCGGAUUGAUUACUGAGCCUUUGUGCUAACCAUUAGGGUCACUAAGUGGCACGAAUGGCUUGCAUUAGGCUACGAACAAGGAAAGACUUUUCACAAGUUGUAAGUCUUGUGAAAUUGAAAUUUGAAUACUAUGCUAUGUAGCUCGCUGUUCUGACCAUCAAAAUUAAGCAGUUUACCUGAAUCAACACCUUCAUUACUAAAUUGAAGAACCAUUUAAACAUCAGAAACUUGUAUUAAAUAUUGUAAUAACUUUCACCAUACCUAUUCAGUCUGUAUGCUGAGCAAAUAAUCCGAGCAACUGGACUAUAUGAAAAAGAACAGGGUAUCAGAAUUGGAGGAAGACUCGUUAACAACCUGCAUUAUGCAGAUGACACAACCUGGCUUGCUGAAAGUGAAGAGGACUUGAAGCACUUACUAAUGAAGAUCAAAGACUACAGCCUUCAGUAUGGAUUACACCUCAACAUAAAAAAAAAUCCUCACAACUGGACCAAUAAAGCAACAUCGUGAUAAAUGAAGAAAAGAUUGAAGUUGUUAAGGAUUUCAUUUUACUCGGAUCCACAGUCAAUACCCGUGGAAACAGCAGUCGAGAAAUCAAAAGAUAAGUUGCACUUGGCAAAUCUGCUGCAGAAAACCUCUUUAAAGUGUUGAAAAGCAAAGAUGUCACCUUUGAAGACGAAGAUGCAUCUGACCCAAGCCAUGGUGUUUUCAGUUGCCUCAUAUGCCUGUGAAAGCUGGGUGAUGAAUAAAGAACACUGAGGAAUUGAGGCCUUUGAACUGUGGUGUUGAUGAAGAAUAUCGACUAUACCAUAGGCUGCCAAAAGAACGAACAAAUCUGCCCUGGAAGAAGUACAACCAGAAUGCUCCUUAGAAGCAAGAAUGGUGAGAUUACAUCUCACAUACUUUGGACGUGUUAUCAGGAGAGAUGAGUCACUGGCGAAGGACAUUAUACUUGGUAAAGAAGUCAGCAAAAAAGGAAGAAUGAGAUGGGUUGGCACAGUGAUUGCAGCGAUGGGCUUAAGCAUAAUAACGAUUGUGAGGGUGGCACAAGACCUGGCAGUGUUUCAUUCUGUUGUACAUAGGGUUGCUAUCAGUUGGAACCGAUUGGACAGCACCUAACAAAAACAACACUGUAGUAACUUACAUUGCCUCUAACUUGUUGCUUGGAUGGGCACAUCACUUUACUUCUGUGUCACUUUUUCCAGUUACUAAAAAACCACUUUUAUAUGUAGCAAUUAUAUAUGCUGGUAUAUUACCUUCAUCACCUGUCAGCUUGUCAUAUUGUGGUAGCUUGCAUGUUCCUGUAAUGCUGGAAGUUAUGCCACCUGUAUUUCAAAUACCAGCAGGGUCACCCAUGGUGGCAGGUUCCAGCAGAGCUUCCAGACUAAGAUUAGGAAGAAAGGCUUGGUGAUUACUGAAAAUCAACUACUGAAAACUGGAUCGCAACAGAAUAUUGUCUGAUACAGUGCUGGAAGUUGAGCCCGAUAGAUUGGAAGGCAAUCAGAGUGGACUGGAGCAUACCUGAUAUCAUGAAGGUGGUGAAGGACCGGGCAGCGUUUUGGUCUGUUAUCCGUGGGGUGGCUGAAAGCUGGAUGUGAUUCAGUGGCACCUAACGACAGCAACAUGUAUUACCUUCUAGUUUGGAUCCACAUACGUUAAUUUCUUCAUUUUACAUAGCUAUAGAGCCCUUAUUACCUUUAAAGCCUGUGUACUAUUCCUCUGUGCUAAUCUAUCGUAGUAUUAAUUAAAUCAUUUCCUUCUUUGUUAGGUACUUACCGGAAAGAACGGAGCUUUGGGAAAUGGGAGACCACAGAUUGAGUUCUACCACUUAAUUAGCUUUGUGACUUUGGGCAGAUUCUUGAACCUCUGCGCCUUAGUGCCCCCGUCUCUAAAAUGGAGCUCUUUUCCCUUAUGGAUAUGAAACCUCCCAUCUCUCGAGCCAAGAUGAUUCUUAUCACUAAAGCUGCUAUUAAAGCUAUUAAGCUUUAUAAGCACGUAGUUCAAAUAGUAGAAAAGUUCAUCAAAAAGUGUAAACCAGAAUACAAGGUUCCAGGAUUAUAUGUAAUUGACUCAAUUGUGAGGCAGUCUCGUCAUCAAUUUGGAACUGAUAAAGACGUUUUUGGGCCUAGAUUCUCUAAAAACAUAACUGCCACAUUCCAAUAUUUAUAUCUUUGUCCAUCUGAAGAUAAGAGUAAAAUAGUUCGUGUACUGAACCUUUGGCAGAAAAAUGGAGUAUUUAAAAUUGAAAUUAUUCAGCCUCUUUUGGACAUGGCAGCAGGAACCAGUAAUGCUGCCCCAGUAGCAGAAAGUGUUACUAAUAAUGAAGGUUCACCGCCGCCUCCAGUAAAAGUUUCUUCUGAACCCCCCCAAGUCACUACAAACUCAGUACCAACUGUGCCACAGUUGCCCAGCUCUGAUGCUUUUGCUGCUGUGGCCCAACUGUUUCAGACAACUCAAGGGCAACAGCUUCAGCAGAUCCUUCAGACCUUUCAACAACCUCCAAAACCCCAGUCUCCCACCAUUGACAACGCUGUGAUGGCUCAGGUUCAGGCCAUCACAGCUCAGUUAAAGACAGCUCCGACCCAGCCACCUGAGCAGAAAGCUGCUUUCCCCCCACCUGAGCAGAAGACCGCCUUUGACAAGAAGCUGCUGGAUAGAUUUGACUAUGAUGAUGAGCCAGAGGCUGUGGAAGAGUCCAAGAAAGAAGAUCCUGCUGCCACCGCCGCUGCCACCACGGCCCCUCCGGCUGCCGCCCCUCCAGCCCCCGCUGCUGCCACCCCUGCCGCUGCUGCCGCUCCCGCUGCUUCUCCUCCUCCACAGGCACCAUUUGGAUUUCCUGGUGAUGGCAUACAACAGCCAGCAUAUACACAGCAUCAAAAUAUGGAUCAGUUUCAGCCUCGAAUGAUGGGAAUACAGCAGGAUCCAAUGCACCAUCAGGUUCCACUUCCUCCUAACGGACAGAUGCCAGGGUUUGGGCUCCUUCCUACACCUCCGUUUCCACCUAUGGCCCAGCCCGGGAUGCCGCCGGCCCCACCAGUGCAGCAGCCUUUCCAGGCUUCUUUCCAGGCACAAAGCGAGCCGCUUACACAGAAGGCACAUCAGCAGGAAAUGGAAGUGGAACAACCUUGUAUUCAAGAAGUUAAACGGCAUAUUUCUGAUAACAGAAAGUCAAGAUCUAGGUCAGCAUCCAGAUCACCAAAAAGAAGACGAUCUAGAUCUGGUUCUAGAUCUCGAAGAUCUCGUCAUCGACGUUCUCGAUCUCGAUCCAGGGAUAGACGCCGACACUCUCCUAGGUCUCGGUCGCAAGAAAGACGGGAUCGAGAGAAAGAGAGGGAACGCCGACAAAAAGGCCUCCCUCAAAUCAAACCAGAAACUGCAAGUGUUUGUAGCACUACACUCUGGGUUGGACAGCUGGACAAACGGACAACACAGCAGGAUGUUGCCAGUCUCUUGGAAGAGUUUGGUCCAAUUGAGUCGAUUAAUAUGAUUCCUCCCAGGGGUUGUGCCUAUAUCGUUAUGGUUCACAGGCAGGACGCUUAUCGGGCCCUGCAGAAACUGAGCCGAGGAAACUACAAAGUGAACCAGAAGUCCAUAAAGAUUGCCUGGGCCUUAAACAAAGGAAUAAAGGCAGAUUAUAAGCAGUAUUGGGAUGUAGAACUUGGUGUUACUUAUAUUCCAUGGGACAAAGUCAAACCUGAGGAACUAGAGAGUUUUUGUGAAGGAGGAAUGUUGGACAGUGAUACACUUAACCCAGAUUGGAAAGGAAUUCCCAAGAAGCCUGAGAAUGAAGUUGCUCAAAAUGGAGGUGCAGAAACUGCCCACACAGAGCCAGUAUCACCCAUACCUAAGGCUUUGCCUGUUCCUGUCCCUCCUAUUCCUGUUCCUGCACCUAUCACAGUACCACCUCCACAGGUCCCACCCCAUCAGCCGGGUCCCCCUGUAGUGGGUGCACUCCAGCCACCUACUUUCACACCUCCUUUGGGAAUCCCGCCUCCAGGCUUUGGCCCUGGCGUUCCUCCUCCUCCUCCACCUCCACCGUUUUUGCGCCCAGGAUUCAACCCAAUGCAUUUACCACCAGGUUUUCUUCCUCCUGGACCCCCACCUCCUAUAACUCCACCAGUAUCCAUUCCUCCUCCUCACACUCCACCAAUAAGCAUCCCAAACUCCACUAUCGCUGGUAUAAAUGAAGACACUACAAAAGACUUAUCUAUUGGAAAUCCCAUUCCAACAGUGGUGUCUGGGGCUAGAGGAGACGCCGAGUCUGGUGACAGUGUGAAAGCCUAUGGCUCUGCCGUGCCGCCUGCUGCUCCCACGAAUCUGCCCACCCCUCCUGUAACCCAGCCUGUUUCACUUCUUGGCACUCAAGGAGUUGCACCUGGUCCUGUGAUUGGGCUCCAAGCACCAUCUACUGGUCUCCUUGGUGCCCGACCUGGCCUCAUCCCACUCCAGCGCCCUCCAGGAAUGCCUCCGCCUCAUCUGCAGCGAUUUCCUUUGAUGCCACCCCGUCCUAUGCCACCACAUAUGAUGCAUAGAGGGCCACCGCCAGGACCAGGGGGCUUUGGAAUGCCGCCACCACACGGGAUGAAAGGUCCCUUUCCACCUCAUGGCCCCUUUGUUAGGCCUGGGGGAAUGCCAGGGCUUGGGGGCCCAGGCCCGGGCCCAGGGGGCCCUGAAGACAGAGAUGGAAGGCAGCAGCAGCAGCAGCCACCGCCACCACAGCCCCAGCAGCAGCAGCAGCCGCCGCCCUCACAGCAGCCACCACCAGCCCAGCAGCAACCACAGCAGUUUAGAAACGAUAGCAGGCAGCAGUUCAAUUCAGGUAGAGACCAAGAAAGGUUUGGAAGAAGAUCUUUUGGAAAUAGGGUGGAAAAUGACCGGGAACGGUAUGGGAGCCGUAAUGAUGAUAGAGAUAAUAGCAGUCGUGAAAGGAGAGAGUGGGGAAGAAGGAGCCCAGACCGGGACAGGCACAGAGACUUGGAAGAGAGAAAUAGACGCUCUAGUGGGCAUCGAGACAGAGAGAGAGAUUCUAGAGAUAGAGAGCCUCGUAGAGAAAAGGAGGAGAACCGAGCAAAGGAAAAGCCUGAGGUGACAGACAGGGCAGGUGGUAACAAAGUCGUUGAACCUCCCAUUAGCCAAGUGGGAAAUGUAGACACUGUUUCAGAACUUGAUAAGGAGGAGCCCGAGGCCACAGCUGUCAAACCUUCUGAAGAGUCACCUGCUGAGGCUACCUCAUCCGUUGAACCUGAAAAGGAUUCUGGCUCAGCAGCAGAGGCUCCUCGUUAG